AUGGUAGGUUGGAAAUUUGAACUGUUUGACUGUCAAGAGAACUACUUUAUGUUUUUCUGGGCACUUUGUGUUCCUUGUGGAUAUCCCUGCAUGCAAAUGUUUUCAGCCAAAUAUGCAGAGCCAAAUAACAGACAUGCAUCUCUAAGGGCUUACUCAUUAGCUUUAUUUUUAGGGUGUUUUGGAGGUUCUAUAAAUCGUCAUAUGCUUAUUCCCCUCUAUGAAUGGGCAAAAGAUUUUUUUUUAGCUCAUGAAGCGGUUAUUUUUAUAUAAUAUAUUUUUCCAGAUUUAAAGAAAUCCCAAUUCGAAAUAAUUUUAAAGCAAAUUUUAAUUUAAUUUGUAGAAUUUAUAUUUUAAAAUGCAAGCUGUUUAAAAAUUAUCAAGAGAUUUCAUAAACUAAUUAUCACUUAAUAUCGAAAUAUAACUUUUUCAUAAAACAAUUUUCGUUUGCUUAUGGAGGAUGGAUUUUACCCAAAAAUAGGGAUUUUUCCAAUGAUUCUGCUGGCUAAAUAAGAAGGGGGGUUAGGAAUUCAAUGAAGAUUGAAGACAAACCAAUUUGGGAUUUUAUACACUGCUUAGUUCCCUGUUGUGCUGCGACACAAGAAUGAAUGCACGUUAUGAGCAUUCAAAAAGGUAAUCCAAGGCUAAAGAUCACUGAGCUUAAAGUCAAUCGCAUAUAA